AUUGAGCAGUGCUGUGAAGUACUCGCCUCAAUUGAAUCUCAAACAUCCAGGCUAUGCAAACAGUUCGAGAAAAUAGACAAUGCACAAAAGGACGAGCGAAGACGAUCAUUAUCCAAGGAUUGUAGCGCAACGAUCAUGGCAGAGUUAGCCAAUCUCCUGAAUGAGCUGAAAAGUGUUCACGUAAUUAUGGACAAUAUCAAGGCGAGUAAUCCUACAUUUCUACAACGAUCACCUCAACGGGAGCUAGGAUCUUCUCAAAGUGCAACGUGUGCUCGGUGUUUGGAGAAUCAAAAGGUCAUCGAUGAGCAGCAGAAUGAAAUCGUGUUCUACAAAAAGAAAAACAAAGACCUCACCAAUCAGAUUCUUCAAACCGAGGACAGAUGGACGAUAGAAAUCGAGAAGCAGAGGCAAAUCUUUGAGAAUGAAAUCAAAUGUCUUGGAUGUCGGUUGGCUGACAGUAAACGGCAAGUGGAAGAGCAUACUCAAAUGUUGCAGUCUAAAACGCUAACGUUAACCGAGAAAACCCGAGCGUUAGAGGAACAAGAAGAACGUUGUAAUCGCCUGCAACGAGAACUCGAACAGCAAAAAAAGGAGAAGCAGUAUUGGCUCCCAGAGCCAAAUGCAUUACUUCCUGAGCCAUCUUCCCGCAAUUCUCCCGCUGAAGAAACAUCAAGUAUAGCUCGACAUGACAGCCAAAAGAUGCACCUGAUAGAAUUGAAAAAGCAGUUGUUCCUCUACGAAAAGAAAUGCAACGAGAGCGAAGCUAAGCUGGAGGAGGUGAAAAUCAGCAAUGCAGAUUUACUCGAUCAGCUCACUAAAACGAAACUAGAAUGGCAAAAGGACAAAGAAGCAUACCAGCAUAAGGCAAGGCAAGCCGAAAAGAUUCGUAUUGUUGAAAUGGAUGCUCUGCAGCAAAAGUUUUCCAGUCGAAUGCGAAUUAUGGAGGACACUAACAAAUCUCUUCAUUCUCAGCUUGUUCUCGCUCGUCGUGAAAGAGACACUCAGAAAGAAGCGCUGGUGUCGUUCGAACGCAAGCUGAUGGAAGAUCGGAAGGAAAAUGAUCUGCGUGAUAAGGAGAUAUCAGACGCUCGUGAGAAAAUCGAAUCCAUGCAAAAAGCCCUCUCGGUCGUCGAAGCUGAGUUGGAACGUGCGAACACGGAUUUAAGGAUCACAAAGGAAGCCAGGAAAGCCGACCAAAUUCUGUGGAAAAUUGACAGAGCUCGAAGAAACGAAAAAUGGUCCGACGAAGAUUUGCGAGCCAUUGAGCAGCUACAGUCACAAUUCCGCGACUGUGAACGAUUCUACAUGAAGGAAACGGAAAGGCUUAAUGAAACACUGAGGACAAUGUCAAAGGAGCUGCAAAAACAGAGAAAUUCUCACGAUAAAAUCAUCACCGAGCUGCGCGAGCAAGUCCGAAUUUUGGAAAUUGAACAGAAGAAUCUGACACAGAAGAAGGAUACACAAGUGACCGCGAGUGAGAAGUUAGAAGCUGGAACUGCACGGUUAGAGCAAGUCGUGCAUUUGAAUGAACUACAACGUUUGACGAGGAAGUACAGACUAAGCAGCAUUAUUGACCAG